GGACAGGAUGCCGAGGGGAACUUCCUGUUCCCCCGCCCCCCGCGCCCCCGGCCCGGCCCGCCCCCGGCCCCGCACCCGCACCCGGCCCCGCAGCGAGCCGGGAGGCCGGGGCCUGCGCCAAGCCCGGACCCCCGUCCCCACCCCCGACCGGCAAAGCAGGUUACCCGGGCCCCUGACCCACCCUCCAGGAUGGAGCGAGGAGACGACGCCUGCGUGCUGGACCUGCGGUGCCCCAAGGCCAGGGAUAUCCCCCGAGGAACUCGCACAGAUUUAUAUGAAACCAGUAUGAGAGCCAGCCCUGACAUGACAGCCAAGCCUACAGGGGACGGCAGUGAGAACGAGGAGGAAGAAGAAGAGGAGGAGGAGGAGGGGCGCCGCAGUCUCCUGCAGCUCCAGCAGCGUCGGCGGCAGCAUGAAGAGGAGGAGGAAGGGCGGCAGCUCCGGCGGCGGCCGCAGGGCAGCCCCUUGACGGCGCCCAUGUCGGGGGCUGCGGAGGAGGAGGAAGAGGAGGAAGAAAAGGAGGGGGAGGCCCCCCGGCCGCCGCGGGGCAGCCCCGGGCCCGGUCGACGGGGCCGCAAGCCGACGCCCCCCUCGCCCCCGGCCGACCCCCGGGGCUUGGGGAAGCUGCUGGGGCUGCCGGCCGGGGACGGGACGGGCGGCCCGGGCCCCGCCCCGGCGGCCCCCCGCAAGCGGCGCCGGCGGAGCCGGGACCGGCCCACCAUCUGCGAGGUGUGCGGCAAGGGCUUCAGCCGCAGCACGGACCUGGUGCGGCACCAGGUGACGCACACCGGCGAGCGGCCGCACCGCUGCGGGGAGUGCGGCAAGGGCUUCUCGCAGCACUCCAACCUGGUGACGCACCAGCGCAUCCACACCGGCGAGAAGCCCUACGGCUGCGCCUACUGCGCCAAGCGCUUCGGCGAGAGCUCGGCCCUCAUCCAGCACCAGCGCACGCACACGGGCGAGCGGCCCUACGCCUGCGCGGACUGCGGCAAGCGCUUCAGCGUCUCCUCCAACCUGCUCCGCCACCGCCGCACCCACUCGGGACAGCGGCCCUACGUGUGCGCCGCCUGCGGAGAGGCCUUCCGACACAAGGCGCAGGCGCGCCGACACCAGUGCCAGCGCCGCGCCGGCCCGGGAGGGGGCGCCCUCGCCGACGCGCCGGGCCCCCGGGACGACCAGCAGGGCGGCGCCCGCGUCGCGCGGCCCCCCGACCAGCCCGGCCCCGCCGGGGAGGGCGGGACCGGGAAGGCGACUUAGGCUGCGGGGGAGGGCGAGGAAGAGGCCUUCAGGGCGGGAGAGGGGACCGGGGCCU